AUGCAACAUUUGCGUAUUGCCAAUGAGAAUACACCAAGCCCAGGAAGCUCAGCACAUUUUAUAGAAAUGUAUAUGUUUGCGUAUUCUGGUAUAUUUUCGUUUAUUGUCAAUGAGAAUACACUUGCUGGGCUUGUCCAUUCUCAAUCAGAUUUGGAUCUCCUUCCAUGUUCUGAAGUACUUGAUUUAUUUCUUAUUGUUGACUCAUCCGGUAGCUUGUCAGACACUGAUUUUCAAGAAGCAAAAGAUGCAAUGAGUCGUAUUGUUGAAAAUUUGGACAUUGAGGAAAAUCGAGUUUUAGUGACACUAAUCAAUUAUUCAAAAGACGUGAAGGUUUCAACUACAUUUACACUCGACUCGGCGCAAACAAAAGAUAAUAUUAAAUCUGAAAUUCAAAAGUUAGAUCAGAUGAAAGAUAGUACAUCAACAGGUGAUGCACUUGCUAAAGCACAAGAUCUUUGCAGUACUCAAUGUCGUCCAUUCAAUCAAGCUGUUUCACGAGUAGCAGUUGUAUUCACAGAUGGUGAAAGUAAUUCAGGUAAUAUUAAAGCAAUUCCAGGUGCACAGUUAUUGAAAGAUGAAUAUGUCACAAUAUUUACCGUUGGUAUUGGUAAAAUAAAUCCAACAGAGUUGCAAGCAAUUGCAUCGCCGCCAGUCACAGAAAAUUAUCUUCAUAUCACAAAUUAUGCUGAAUUAAUGAAAAAAGUCAAUUUUAUUCGACGUAAAUUAUGUUUAACACCAGCAUUUGUCUCGACAAAAAAGAAAUUUCAUGGCACUGUUAAACAAGGCCAAUACAGAUUUUAUAAAUUAGACGUGUCUAAGUUGGUCAAUGGUGGUACUGUUGAAAUUGACUUUGUUGAUACAAAGGGAAAAACAGUGGUAAGAUGGUCAUACAUUGUUCAGAUAUAA